UUAAAAAAUAUAUAUAUAUUUUCACAUCGACCUCUUAUCGAGUAGUUUGUUUAUUUACAUUUGUAGAGGUGGAGCACAAAAUGGGGGACAAUGAAGAUCGAAAAGGAGAUUUUGACAUUAAAGUUUUAAAUUGUGACCAAAAAUGUAUCAACAUCUUAAUUAUGGUCUUAAAAUAUUUUAGAAAUAAAGUUAUACAAAACAAUAAAGAUAUAUCUACUAUUCUACAACACUUUAAAAACAGUUUUCAACAAGAACUAGCAUUUCUAGGUCCAUUUGAUGAAAAUACUGUAUUUAAAAAAAUUACUUUUAAAAACAAACUUAAAAAAAAUAAACUUAAAAAAAGCAACUAUGUUAUUUACAUCACCAGUUUAUAUGAUUAUAUUAACGUAAUUUUCUAUUUCUGGAAUGGUAAGGAAAUGUUAACUAAAAUAAAAGAACCAAUUUAUAUAAUAUCCGGGUGUUAUAUUUCUAUAAUUGAUAAUUUAAACUUCUAUAUUAAAACUGAGCUUAGAAUUAAUGAUCGCGAUAUUGAGUCUGCUAUUGAGGAAGGCACACUUAACGUAUCUGAUAUUGUUCAGACUUGGUCAGACUUGGUCAGAUAUAGUACCUUAGAUAAGAAUGUAUCGAAGGACCUAGAAUUCAGUGUUGCUCUCUGGGACAUCAUCUUGGGAAAUCAAGAACAACUACUUUGUAUAACUAACCAUAAUGACAUAACUGCUUUAAAUGCGGUUUCAUUAUCAGAGGUAAUCAGAAAUCCAAUAAUGAUAUUUAUAAACCUAAUUGCAAUAAAAAUGGAUAUCUUACAUAGUUGGAUCGACUUCCGCAAGUACCUGCCACCUCUAGCUGGGGGAACAUGGGAAAAUCAACAGGAGUACUGUGAGAAAUUUAUAAAACGACUGAAAGAUUUUUUUAAAAAACAUUUUCCGGAAGAUUUUCUGAAAUCAUGGAUUUUAUUUUAUUUGUUUAAUUUAUUGAAAAAGUUGUUAUUCAUGGAACGGAUUGUGGAGGGUCCAAAUAAUUAAAAAAUAUGUACUAAUAAAACAUCAAUACUAUAUAUACAUACUAUAUAUUAUUAUUAUUAUUAUUAUUAUUAUUAUUAUUAUUAUU